CUCUUCCCUUGUCGUCCCUUUAUCGUCUCGCCUUUCAUCCAUCGUCCGCCCCGGAUCGUCGUCCACGCGCAAUUAUCCCCAUUCAACAUACUUCCCUUCCAUUUUCUUCUACUGUUUUCCCCUUUCCGACCACGUUGCCGCGCCGAGUCCUCAGGGGCGCGCUGUGAUGCGGCUGCGGUGAUCGAUUUCCUCACACCAGUCUCUGUCGCCUAACAGCGACUCCCGUCGCCCAUAUCUUCUUCUUUUUUCCCGGAGUCGCGGAUUACUCUUGCCGUUGAACUACUUAUCCCUUCGGUCGACCACCAACCAUUCCCCCCCCCACCACAACCACUGACUUUCCGCCUAAGCGACUUUCGUUCCUACGUCUCGUUGUUCGGAUUGUCUAUCCCUCUAUUGUUGCCCAAGCGAACACGGGAUAAUAACAACACAAACAUUUCGCGCUAUGUAUAAUACUCAUCGCGGAAUGGUUCCGGCUCCCAACUCCCGUCUGACGGAGUUGUUGGACCAACUGCGCCAGGAAUUCGAGAAUCAGUCUCGAAGCACUGGCGAGUUUGAACAUCAGCUAACCGGGCAGCUUCAAGAGAUGGAGAUGAUCCGCCAGAAGGUCUAUCAACUGGAACAAGCACAACUCAAGAUGAAACAAGAUUACGAAGCAGAGAUUCGGGUGCUGCGACACGAGCUUGAAUCGCGUGGUGUUCAGCCCGUGUCAUCUCACAUUACCGGCCCGGCCCAGCACGCUGGACCUUCUCAGGCCCCGCCACCGGCCCUGGGUCACGGCCCUAGCAAUCUGUUUGGUGGCAUCAUGACCAACCAAGGAGGUAGUGGCCCCGGUCUUCCAGUUGCCCCUCCCCCUCCCCAGGAUCAGCAGCCUCCCCAGCAUACCCUUCAACAGCCUGCUGCCGCGGCCCAGCAAGGAGCGCCGCAACCACCGCAGAGCUCUUUUGGAGGAUAUCAGCCUGGUGCUGCUGUGAACGGUUAUGGACCUCCCCCUCCUCCUGCUGCCUCCCCCGGCCCUGGCAAGCGGCCCCGUGCUCCUCCCGGUCCGGCCACUCCUCAACAGACCCACCAGCUGGCCUACACAUCUGAUCCCCGUGUCUCCUCGCCGCAAUUGGCCCGCCCCACGCCUCCUAGCCAGGCUCUCGUGCGAGAUCGUCCGGGAAACAUGCUGGCCAACUGGAAUCCUGACGAUCUGCCGGCGUCACAGAAGCGAGAGGGUGCCGAUUGGUACGCCGUGUUCAAUCCCGAGGUGCAGCGCGUGCUGGAUGUGGAACUUGUUCAUCACCUUGUCCAUGACAGCGUUGUCUGCUGUGUUCGUUUCAGCCGUGACGGCAAGUACCUUGCGACCGGCUGCAAUCGCUCCGCGCAGAUCUUCGAUGUGACCACGGGUCAGAACGUUGCGACACUGCAGGAUGAGAAUGUGGACAAGAACGGCGACCUUUACAUCCGCAGCGUCUGCUUCAGCCCUGACGGCAAGUAUCUUGCGACUGGUGCAGAAGACAAGCAGAUUCGGGUUUGGGACAUCAAUGCCCGGACGAUCAAGCAUAUCUUUACCGGUCACGAGCAGGAUAUCUACUCUCUUGACUUCGCUGGCAAUGGUCGGUACAUUGCGUCCGGUAGUGGAGACAAGACUGUCCGCCUUUGGGAUAUCCUGGAUGGCAAGUUGGUCUACACCCUGAGCAUCGAAGACGGUGUGACCACCGUGGCUAUGUCCCCAGAUGGUCACUACGUCGCCGCAGGCUCUCUCGACAAGAGCGUGCGUGUUUGGGAUACCACUACCGGCUACCUUGUGGAACGGUUGGAGAGCCCCGAUGGACACAAGGACAGCGUGUACUCGGUUGCCUUCGCCCCCAACGGCCGGGACCUCGUCAGUGGUAGUCUGGACAAGACAAUCAAACUUUGGGAGCUCAACGUGCCCCGUGGCGCCUACCCCGGAAGCGGAGUUAAGGGUGGUAAAUGCGUCCGCACUUUUGAAGGUCACAAGGACUUUGUGCUCAGCGUCUGCCUGACUCCCGACGGACAUUGGGUCAUGAGUGGUUCUAAAGACCGGGGCGUUCAAUUCUGGGACCCCGUCACCGGAAAUGCGCAGAUGAUGCUCCAGGGACACAAGAACUCAGUCAUCUCCGUGGCGCCCAGCCCUACUAAUAACCUGUUUGCCACUGGUAGUGGUGACAUGCGGGCAAGAAUCUGGAGAUACUCUACAUACACUGGACGGUGAUGUGAAUGAUUUGGGAAAGCUUUGGCGCAAUUAUGGAAUUAUGUUUCUUCUUUUCGAAUCUCCCGUUUCCGAUUUUGUCUGCGUGCCGCGUCUUGUUCGACGUCACUACCGGGAUUUGCGUUGCAAAAGGCCAAUUGCUUUAUUGUCACAACUCCAUGCACGGGGAAGUGACCCUGGGGUUUUUUUUUUUCCUUUCCAAAGGAGACGAAAUGCUACAAGCGAAGCGAAACAAAAAAAGAGGAAGAAAACGAAGCACGAUAAAAAGGCUGUACUGGUAGUAAUUUUGCGCUGAUUACGUGGUUGUGAAUUUAUUCUGAGGAAGCUGAAUGCAAUUGUCACGAGAGCAGUGUGAUGAUCGGUAGGGGUGCAGGCGCUUCCUUAGCGGUUGCCAUCGCGCAGAAAUGACGACAAUCCA